AUGGUGGUUAUGACCAGAUCAAGAGCCAGGGCCAAAGCAGCAUCUCAGAAGGUUGAUUUCAUCAGCCAACUCCCUGUCGAGGUCUUGGCCUUCAUAAUUUCCAAGCUUCCGAUUGACGAAGCUGUUAGAACGAGCGUGCUUUCAAAGAAAUGGAAGGGAAUAUGGCGUCUCACUCCCCAUCUCGAUAUUGAUGGGAAACGAAUGAUCAUGCCCUUAGCUCAAAGAGAAAACCCUGAAGAAGCCUAUGAUCGUGACUCACCACUUAGUAUGGCCUUGAAUCGAAAUCUCAUGCGGUAUGGUCUGAAGAUUUCUGUCCUCUUGAUUCGUCACUCUGGUGAUUUACGCAGCAGUAAAUUCACCCACUUCCCGUAUAGUCUUGUUUGCGAGGAAGUGGUGUCCUGGGUUAAAUUGGUAAAGCUUAAAAACACGAAAAAUUUAAGCCUAGAGUGUGAGUUAUUUGACAUCGGAACAUUCGAGAAUUCUCUUAACCAAGCUGGUGAGAGGAAAUCAAAACCUAAUUUUCCACAGGGGAUUUUCUCAGGUUUCGAUUCACUGCAGUUCAUUUACUACACACUGAAUAGUUCUGAGCCGUUUGAGGGAUGUGAAAAUCUCAAAACAUUGAUUCUGAAGAAUGUUUAUAUAGAAGAUGAAAUCCUCAAUGGAAUUCUGGAGAACACUAAUGGGCUGGAGAACUUUAGUCUGAUUGAGUCUUUUGGGUUUAGGAAACUUCAAAUCCAUAAUCCAAAUUUGAAGGUCUUGCAACUGAAUGCAGUGCAACUUGAUGAAAUAGUUGUUUUUGCCGAAAAGCUCGGGCUUUUACUCCUCGACACUGUAACUCGUCCCGGGAGUUUGAAAAUUUAUUCUCCAAACCUGAGGGUUAUCCAUUCUUACGACAAAUCGAUAAUUGGAUCAAUUCUUGCAGCAGGGAGACAUGUUCUCAAAGCUUCCGAAUUUCUGGGUAAUUACCGCCAUUUUUGGUAUUCUAGGAGCGAUGUUUUCAAGCAUUUGUCAAAGCUCUCAAUUGAUUUGGAUUUAAAUGAUACACAAGCUUGUCGUCUGGUUUCAACCUUCAUGAGAUUAUGCACCUGUCUGGAAACUCUCGAGAUCACUUUACCGAUUCGCAAUGAAUUUAUCAAUAGAGGUUUUUACUGGGAUCUUCGAGUUGCCUGUAACUGCAUCCGUGACCACUUGAAGUUUGUGUACUUGAGGGGAUACAAAGGUAAUAAACAGGAAUUUGAAUUUCUCAAGCACAUAAUAACAAAAGGCAGGAAGUUGGUAAGAAUUACCAUUCUGUGCCGUCAACCUAUAGAUCAACAAAGAUUAUUCAGUCUUAAAAGUGCUUCCCCUGAUCUCUCCAUCAUCCUCAAGGUUAGGAUACACAGUGAAAUGCAAGAGCUCUGGGAAACUCAACAUAGGGCUCUAAUUACUUAUAAUUAA